AUGCUGUUCAAUAUCCACAGGACGUCUCUGGCUGAUAAUAGCAGAUCAUCGGCUUUUUGCACCAGCGGCAAUCAGAGGGACCACAACAGACUUUAUCCAACGCUCAAUUGUCAAGAAGAUCUUAGCUACACCACGCGGCGUCGCAAUUUUGGUAGACGAAGUUGGUCUUCCACUGGGAAGUCGCCAUUUCCCGAGAAGCAGUGGCUACUGAAUCAUUGUGAAGGCAAUGAAUCCCUUUUGUUGAAUCAACAAUCGCAGCACACUCGAACUAUAUCAGUGGCAGGAAUUUGUCGAACCCUCUCAGACAGUCUGAAGGAUCACUUUCGCGUUGGUGUUAACAGGCCUCCAACACCGUUAAAUACUCCUAACACCAAAAAGAGUAACUCCCUUCAGGCACCUGAGUCCUCUACUAGAUUUGAGCGUCAGCAUUCCUGUGAAGACUGCAAUUUUCACACACCCUGGAGGUACCAACCAUCAUACCGUCUAGAUUCUCAUGAGGACGAAAGUCGACAGAAACGUCGCUUAAAGCACUGUGAACCUCAUCCGACACUGGAAGGCGCAGGAUCAGUGAAAACUUCUUCCCACAACACAGAUUCUCACUUGCUCAAUUCCACAGUCAAAGAAGCUGGGAAUUUCGGAGACUCUUGUGGAUCAGUUGGGAGUUUGGGAGACACUUCCUUGCGGCAGCAUGAUUCCAACUUCUUCGCAUUAUCUGGUUUCAAACAAAAAAGGGUUUUGCUGAAUGUGGGAGGGUCACAGCACGAGGUGCUAUGGAAGACGCUGGCGCGACUACCCAACUCACGUCUCGGUCGUUUGUGUCGCGUGAAGUCACAUGAGGAGUUAAUGUCCCUGUGUGACGAUUACAAUUUGGCAAAGAAUGAAUUUUUCUUUGACCGGAAUUCCACAUCUUUCGACGCAAUUCUAAACUUUUAUCGAACACGAGUGCUGCAUUUGGUUGAAGAUAUGUGUGUUGUUGCGUUCAAGGAUGACAUGGAUUAUUGGGGCAUAAAUGAACUUUACCUUCAUCCCUGUUGUCAGCAGCGCUACCAUCAACGAAAGGAGUUGGUCGAAGACGAGCUUAGGAAGGAGGAGAUUUCCCUUCGAUGGCUCCAGGAUGAGGUCGGCAUGAAUGGCAACGACUCAAUCUCAAAAACCCGAUUGAAGAUAUGGCAAAUCGUUGAAAAGCCGCAUUACUCCAUGACCGCUAGAAUAUUUGCGGUCGUUUCAAUAGUCUUCAUUAUCAUCUCAACUGUGAGUUUAACAAUUGGUACUCUGCCGCAAUUCCAGCCCAAUAUCACAGAGCUUCGUCAAUCAUCCGACCUGUUCCUUUCCUGGUGUCAAAAAGUGAACGGGAGUGAGAAUGUGGAUGACAUGGUCUGCGAGAACCCCUAUCUCAAGAUUGUAGAGUUCGUCUGUAUCGCCUGGUUCACUUUGGAAUACUUGAUCCGACUGUGGGCCUGCCCAAAUCGAUGUCACUUCUUUAAGGAUUCACUCAACACCAUUGAUCUAAUUGCUAUCAUCCCCUUCUACGUGCACUUAAUCAUCGUAGAAGUUGCCUCCAGGAAUAAAUUCAAGCCUCUGGGUUCUGUGCGCAAGGUCGUACAAAUGUUUCGCAUUCUAAGAAUUGUUCGGAUAUUUAAACUCGCUCGACACUCAACAGGUCUUCUCUCCCUCGGUUAUACUUUUCGCAGAUCCUACAAGGAACUAGGUCUGUUGAUGACGUUCGUUGCUAUGGGAGUGAUACUAUUCUCCAGUCUUGUAUACUUCGCGGAGAAGGAUGAAAAUGGGAAGAUGUUUAAAAGCAUUCCUUCGGCUUUCUGGUGGGCUGCUAUCACCAUGACAACUGUGGGGUAUGGUGACAUGUUACCUCAGACACCGAUUGGCAAGGUGAUUGGUUCAGCGUGUUGCAUUUGCGGAGUUUUGGUGGUAGCUCUGCCUAUUCCCAUAAUUGUCAACAACUUUGCUGAGUACUACAAGGAACAAAUGAGACGAGAGAAGGCUUUGAAACGCAGAGAUGCCCUAGAGAGAGCUCGGCUGUCUGGAAGUUUCUUCUCUUUCGAGUCGGAUGAUCUCUUUAAAGAUGAAGCGGGGAAAAGUGAUGGAUCUAGGUUGGAGAAACAAACGAGCAAAGUUGGACAACCAAUUUCUAGCCUUUCUGUGUAUCUUGAGGAGGAAAUGGUGGAGACCGAAGGCGUUGUGCCUAGCCGCAACACGCUCAAUCCUUCUGAGAGCAUGCAAUCAGACGAAUCACAAACCACCAACGCAGCUACAGGACUCGCGUUGCCCUUGGAAACGGCCUCUUGUCUGCCCCAAACGUCAACAACUCCUACGCCGGCUCGUGCCUAUCCCCGGAUAGUAAUUGAAGGUGAACAACAUUCUUCAAGUCCAGCUAUUGGUGGUGUAGUUGGCCAAACAAUUCGUUCAAGGGAUGAUGUUGAGUCUGCAACACAGACUCCAGUACGAGGCUUUUCUCUGCCGCUGGAAAAGGAGUUUUACUUUCAAAGAUUGCGACACACCCAUCUAAGAACUUUUGGUGGACGGAGAGUGACUCGUCCCAUUCGAAAGCUUCGAAGACAGGAACGGUUCACCGUGGAGCAGAACCAGCGAAGGUUUUCCUCCCCCACUGCUUCGCAUGGGCUAAAAACCGGCAUUCCAGAGUUACGUUCCUUUUCCACCUCCACUGCACCAAGCCAGAUGGCCAAUAAGACGUUGACUUGA